AUGACUAUCGCCAUCUCGCCUCCCCAGGCGUACUCUACGUCGCCGCUGCGCUCGUCGCCGCUCACGGGCAAGGCGCUGCUCAAGAGUGCCGUCCCCAUCCCUGCCCCUGUCCGCAAACCCAGGACAUUAUCCGCCACCCACCCCAGCCCGCUCACCUUGACCUCGAACACCCCGGGCUCGCCAACAUCGGUUGCGUCUACUUCUCCAAGCACCUCGCUCUCGCGUUCCCAGCCGCUACUGGGCAGCUAUGGCCUCUCCCUCCUGCAGCGCCGUAUGAGCCAGCACGCUCCACACAACGUGGACACGUUUGCGCUCCGCCUGCGUGCUGUUGCGACUGGCCCGUGCCCCCCGACGCUGCGUGCACCCCCACCUCUCUCGAUACCGUUCACCGCGACGUACUAUGACCUCGCAGAGGGCGUCAACACUCCCUGGGUCGCGGACGUGGACCUCGAGUCCUGGUUCUUCACAGCCUACAGCGGCGGCGGAGUGCCGACCCCCGCCCCCGUGGGUGUCAAGUCCGGUGCCUUCACCGCCACCCCGUCGCCACUUGCCCCAGGUAUCCCCGCCAGUGCACCCGCGUCGACCAGCGUAGCGACGUCCUCGCUACCCCCACCUCCACACUAUCCAGGCUACCGCGUCGCGCCCGUUGGCCAGCUCCAGAUCCUCAUCACAACGCCCAGCGCUGCCGUCAAGGCGUUUGUCGUGCCCUACGAUCUGCGCGGCUUGGCAGUCGGCGCGCGCCUCCUCGCUCGCGAGAGGACGUUUGUGCUCGGCGAGUCCGUCCAGGCUGGCACGGGUGGGCCACCGCCCAGCCCAUCCGCGCCGCGCGAGUCGCUGCGUUACGCUGUGCAGCUACAGUUUGUGUGCGCGGCCGCGCCGCCCUCGGAAGCCGAGUUUGGCGACGGGCGCGCGUUCUACGUCUCCCGCGCGCUCAAGCUCGUGUUUGCCAGCACACCGCUGGAACGCGAGGCAGAGGUCCGCGACGAGCGCGCCGACGAGGUCGUCCCGCCCUCCGAGUCGGGAGGAUCGGCGUCGUGCGGCGACUGGCUGCGGGCGCGCAAACGAUACCUGGCCCGCACAGCCGGCGUGCGGGGCGCGACCAAGGCGCGCCGCGCUGUCGGUUUCUCGCCACCGCGCGAACGGCCUGCGUCCCCGUUACCGCCUGGCACGUCGCCCCGGUCGCUCCUCAGUGCCCUGGCGCCAGACGACAGCGUCAGCGCCGGCGCAGGCGCCAGCGCGACGUCGCCCGGAACCACACCGGGAUCGAGCGCGCCGCCCAGCCGAUCAGCGUCACGCGCCGGCGAUGCGGAUACGCCAGCGGCCCCACGUGUGCCGGCGCGCACACAGCGUCGGCGGAGGAGUUGGCGCGCUGAGCGCGAGUUGUCCGAGAGGUUGCGCGCGCUCGAGAUCGGAAAUACCACCAGCAGCUUGGUGGAGGAACGGGAGGAGAGGCGCGAAGAAAGGCGGUGA